AUGAGCAGCAGCAACAUGAACACAUUAUCCACCGACGAAAUGGAGCGGUUCCAGCAGCUGUCCAACAAGUACCAACCCGAGCUUCAGGGCCCUCUGGUAUCUGCAAAGCAAAAUAGCAGCUCCAUUGCAGUGGACUAUGCGAACGCAGACCCUACACUUGCCACAAAAACCAAUACACUUGCUAUCACACAUCCCUUCACACGUACAAUGAAAGGUGAUGGAAACUGUGGCUGGAGAGCGGUCGCAUUCGGUUACUUUGAAAACCUUUUCAACCUCCGUGACACGCUCCAGAUCCAUCGCGAAUUACUCCGGAUCAAGUCGAUGAAUACCCUUCUCGAUCAGGUCGGCCAGCAGGAGCAUCUGUACGAGAUCUUUGUGGAUGCCACCGAAGAAGUCUUCAACCAAAUAUCAGAGGCCAUUGAAAGCGGGGUCCGAGAUGACUCGUUCCUCGUGGAGGCUUUCAACAACGAGUACAAUUCAAACGCAAUCAUCACUCACUUUAGACUUUUGACGAGUGCGUGGAUGAGACUGAAUGCCCACCGCUACCAAGCUUUUCUUUCCAUGCCCUUGGACCAAUACUGCGCAACGCGGGUAGAGACAGUCCGCACGGAGAUUGAUGAAGUCGGCCUGCAAGCGCUGGUCGAUGGAAUCAUCGACCAAUCUGGCUUUGCCGUUGAAAUCCUGUACCUGGAUCGAAGCGAGGGCGAGGCCGUGACGCCUCACAUCCUGAACGCUACUCGGAGCAGCCCUUCGACCAUUCGACUGUUAUAUCGCCCGGGCCAUUAUGAUCUUCUGUACCGGCCCGAACCUACUGUGAAUAUGGCACCCGUGGUCAAUUACCAAUACGCAAUGACUUCUAACUACUCCCCCUGGGAUCAAGGUGCUUUCUCAUUCGAUGUAAAUUCCAGCUUGAUGUCAAUUCCAAACCUAAUGGUUGAUCCAUCAUUUGCGCUUGCUCCCGCACCCAUGCCUCCAGCCCCUCCAAGUCCGUACCGAGUACCUUCGCCCCAGGAAGUGUACCAACCUCCUAUUCAAAGCCCGCCACCGCCACCGCCUGUCUCUAUGCCGUCCCCGUCAGCUUCUAGGAUGUCUUCUGCGCCACCACCGAUGAGCUCUUUGCCGAAUCGACCUCCUUCUGAAGGGCCUCGGAUUCGAUUGAAUCCCUUGGUCAUGAAACCCAACCUGAGCCAUUCCCUCCCCGUCACCACACCCUUCAAGAAUUCCCCCUACAAUCAAGCCCACUUCCAAAACCAAGACUUUGAACCGAUCCACUGGGAACCCCACGACUCUCGGAAAUAA